AUUUUAUGUGCGAUCUUUUACUAAUAAAUUGCUCUGUACACUGGGCAACAAAUUAAAUGUGAGAAUAGGGUCUUGGGAACACUGUUGUAUGUUGGUACACUGGGAGACCUUUCAUGUAUCAGUAGUUCAAGGCAAAACAGGUGAGAAUGCCUCUACUAAUGCAUAUGUUUAAUUACGAUGCUUUUAUUUUUCAUGUCCAUGAUGGCAAAACUGUGGAUGGAUGCUCAAAUUAAAAGCAAAUAAUAUUAUUAAAUGUCUGCAAAAACAGAUUAUCAUAUACUUAUAAAAUAACUGAGCUCAAUAUAGACUGGCCAGUGUUAUUUCAAAUCUAAUAGAAAUACCAUGUUUUACAAUAUAAAUGACCGUUCGCUUAUAGACUGGUUUAAUGUUGUCACUUGCACCACAGUUCAAAUUCUACAUCUGUUGCGGUUAUUGCACCAUAACAACGUUGCAUGUUCCUCUGAGCCUCCUACCGAGGCCACUUCAUCAUUAGGGGCUGUGGGACCUCUUAAAUUUCUUCAUCGAACUCUGGCACCGAGACUACAAGCGGCAAGGCAGCCAGAAAAUUUGAGCAGAUAUGUCUUAGGAUAAGAGUGAGUUUAGUACACAAACAUUACUUGGUGUCCCAGCUAACGCAGAGUAAGUGCAAAAAGUCAUGAAAAAAGAAACCUGCGUUUGUGCUUAAAGGGUCACUAAAGGCAAAUACUAAGUCAGGCUAUAGUGAUAGAUUAGUGCUCGAGAAUCUCUUAGGACGUCAAUAUUAUCGCGAACAGAGCCUUAAUAAUUGAAAAAUAUAGGUAAAUGCUGGACAUGAUUAGAGACUAUACGGGACAUUCAAGCACUUUCCCGAUGACGAAAGCACUCGUCAGUUAAAUUCUGUCACUAGUAUACUCAACUAUUCGUUGCAAAAAACAUCCUUGUUUUAUAAUAUGAAAUGAGGUGCGACUUGUCCAGUUCCAUUUCUUGUUUAGAAAAAUGAACUCAUUGAAACUACCGUUGACAACGGCGCGGGUGGUCGAAAGGUUUCGUUUUCGCUCGACUCUGCGCCGCCCACUCUUUCGCGUUUCGGUACUUUCCUGAUCGCGUAGUGCCGCGCUGGUUUUGCUGGCUCGCGAAACUCGCACAAAUUGCAAGUAGCAGAGAAUUCAACUUCCAUGUGAUGUCGCGGGAUGCCCAAACGGUCUACGCCACUUGACCAAAAAGCAACUGCAGCGGCGAAACCGCCGCUCUGUCUUGGCUCGGUGCCGCCGUCUGUCGGGCGCCGUUUUACUCACCGACGGUAGCAAAUGGCGGUGAUGGCGUAUGCAACGUCACCGCUCCCCCCCAGUUGGGUGGCGGAAGAUUUGAAUUUUGAAAAAGGUAUUCGGACCCUUCAGAUACAAUUUUCUCGUAAAGUAAGUCUUGGCACGAAACAAGCGUUGCGAGGUUUCUGCAAUGGUAUUUAAAGAAUCCACGUAGACUUAGUAUUUGCCUUUAGUUUCCCUUUAAUACCAACUGUACAUUACUGGCCAUCUUUUGUGCUCUUAUUAGUAGAGUGAUUAGUAGUGAUUGAAAAACUUAACUUUAUGGAUACAAUGUCAAUAAAGGUUUGUAGAGCAUAUUUGAAGAAAGUGUGGCAAAAAAACUAUGCAAAAGCUAGCUCAUCGUAAACGACUGAACGUGAGGUUUAAGAGUGUGCUCUAGAAACGUUCUAUUGAUGUUGCAUCCAUAAAGUAAAUUUAAAGAGUUUGUUAAUUACUACUAAUCAAUAUAUUAAUAACAAGUUAUGCUAGAGACUUCUCCAGAGACUAACAACAUGCAUUUGGUUCCAUAGGCACUGAAUGCAUCGCUUUUAUUUAAAAAAAUUCUCUAUGUUAGCUGCUGAGACACUCUAUGGCCCUUUGGCGCCAAAAAGCUUCAUUUUCCACAGUAAUAGCUGUGAUAUGCUCUUCCUCUCAACUCGGAAUGAUGUUGGUGGUCGCAGUAAUGUUAAAUGCUUCUCUAUGUUAAUUGUUGCACUGAUCCUUUGGUGUGUCGCAGCACGGAAUCGUACAGCUCUUUCCAUUUUCUUCAUGUUCUGCUUGUUAAGGUGAAGUCGAACCCACCAUUUGUAUUCCAACCCUUUUCCCAUGGCCACCACACCAUCUUCAUUUUAUUCCGGGUGUAUCAAAAUGCAGAGUUAUUCCAAAUCAUUUCUAAACUAGUGUUACGUUUCGCCUACGACGCGCGGUAUAGCCGGCGUGGAUGCAACGGACGCCGGGGCUUCGUUCAAAGCAGCGGACAUUUUGGCCCGUUCGACGCCUCCCCGCCAAGCGCGUCCAGGCGUGUUUCAAUGCCACGUGUCUUCGUGUGUGCGUGUGUGUGUGUGUGUGUGCAUGUUGGUGCCCACGCUUGUCAAAGCGCGGCAGCCGGGGAGGGGAGCUCCCCAAGUGUGAAGCGAGGAGGUCUGACCGGCGCCUGCUCGGCGGAUGCGUCACUACACUCGUCCCAACGUGUCUCUCAGCGUGUCCGUGCCCCGCAGUCACGUGGCCUCUUCCCGAGACGUUUCCUCUUGCCCUCAACUCCGAGAGUAUAAGAGCAGCUGCCCCCGGACGCCGAGAGAGAGGCUCCGAUUUCUUCCGUUGAGUUACGUGCUCUCCCGUCUCUCCACUUCGGUCGACCUGACCGGCCGCUCUUUUGCGAUGCUAGAAUAAACAAGUUGUUCUGUUACCAGUCGACUCAUGCUUUGCCGGGACCUUCGGAUGCUUCCAGUUGUGCCCCAGGCCGCCAGGCCAACGCUACCCUUGGGGCUUGCGACCCGAUUGCAACAACGGGAGUCAGCGCUGAGAUUCCAACAACUCGUGUCAGCGGUGCGAUUGCAACACUAGGUGAUACUCGUACAGAUAUUGAAUAAACAACGUUGCAUGAACAUCUAUAGUUUUACUGAGAGGGUUUUUUUUUUUUUCUUCUUGUAAAUCUGUCAAACAGAGGCCCCAGUGCCAUCAUUCUAUCGUAUCUGAUAAAGAGGAUAAAUUAUGACAAAGACAGAAAGAUCAGGUUAUAUUAUCUAGUACGUUAGAGCCUGCUACAAAGUACAGUCGGCGUUAAAAGUGUACUUGCAGCGGGAUCUGAGAAAAAUCUAUAUUUCCGCAGCUUGAGCAGGCAGCUAAGUAUUCAAAUUUCCAGCUGGUACUAUAGUACGUGUAUGAAAACAACAUGUGUUGUGCGGUUUCACUUGUUACACUCAGAAACUGCGCCAGGAAAUGAAGCGUUUUUCUUAGAUCCGCACGGUGCGUAGACUGUUGCUCCAGCUGCACUUUUAAGAUGCUUAAAGGUUUGGUAGGAUGCCCCUGUCUCGCGGUGACCACAGCAUGCAUUCAAUCUGUACUGUAUUUUGUGUUUUCGUUGUACGUUCUGUUUCAGCCUGCCACGCCGCUCGGUGUCGUAAUAUAGAAACAAACGUUGGCCCGAGCGGGAAUGAACUAAAGUGACGAUGAAGAAGAAGAGGGCUCGUGCGUUGCUGCGGGUGCAGUCGAAGGUUGGAACGCGAACCGCCUGCACCAUAACUUGGAUUUGCAACACACGACUGAGGGUCUCCCACUCUCGAUGGAUCUGCUGAGAGCCGUCUCGUCCAUCCACUGCCACAAAAACCAAAACGACGAGGCAGCUGACGUGGACGUCAGCGCCCGCCGGCGGCUCAUCUGUGCCAGCAUUCUCUGCCUCACCUUCAUGCUCUUCGAGCUCGUCGGUGGCAUUUUGGCGAACAGCCUGGCGAUAGCGACGGAUGCGGCUCACCUGUUAACAGACUUCGCCAGCUUCAUGAUAAGCCUGUUCUCUUUGUGGAUGGGCGCCAGGCCUGCCACGAAACGCCUCAGUUUUGGUUGGUACCGUGCAGAGGUGAUCGGCGCGCUGACAUCUGUGAUUAUGAUCUGGGCCGUCACCGGCGUGCUGGUUUACAUGGCGAUCCAGAGGAUGAUCAACAAGGAGUACAACAUCGACGCCACCAUCAUGCUUAUCUCCGCCUCCGUCGGCGUCGUGGUCAACAUAAUCAUGGGCCUGGCGCUGCAGAUCCACCCGACAAGCCCGCUGGGCCACAGUCACGGGUCGGAGGAGUCGGCGCGCCGCUUCGAGCUGCUCUCGACCGAGCCGUUCGUGCCGCACGGUACCACCGCCAGCGAGAUGGACUCGUCGCGACAGUGCAGCCGCCUCAACGUCUUCCGCAGCGUCGACCCCCGCGUAGAGCUCGCCACAGGCAGCCUGCAAGCCAUGAGUCCACAGCACGUAUCCGAAGUCGGCCCGAGUGGUCACAGCGCCAGCGCACCGUCCAUGUCGUCGCCGCCGUACAAUCCGUCCGGCCCGGAAACGCCGUCGGCGCAUCACACCGAGGCGCCCGAUGCCGUCGACACCGAGGCCAUGACGCCGCAUGAAGACGCGACCGAACAACGGGGCGCGCCGCUGGACGCAGUGGGCCCACCACCGGGAAGCCAACGGGCAAAGUCGUCGACAAGCCCAGAAGGCAGUGGCGCGUUAGACUUCGCAGCAAUUCGCUCCGGGGCAAAUCAGCACCUCCCUGGCAUUGUCAGUACCAGUCGAAACGUCUCGGAAAACGCCGCGGGCACACCAGGAACUGCCACGGGUGCUGCGUCCGUCCACGGACAGCCAGGAGUCCCCCAGCACGAUCUGAGAACGUCGCCGGAUGGUCAAACUAGGUCGCCGGACGACCGUCACACGAGCGCCGGGAGCCUGGCGCAGACGCUGCCUCAGCAACCCGGCGCGGGCGCCGCGCCGGCACCCGUUGCUGGCAGCGUCAGCGCGAGCCCCGACCCACCGCCGCCGCGAAGCAGCCAGGAGAGUCGGGGCGUGAUGAACAUCAACGUGCGCGCCGCCUUCAUCCACGUGCUGGGCGACCUGAUCCAGAGCGUGGGCGUGCUGGUCGCGGCCAUCGUCAUCUACUUCUGCCCGAGCUGCGGCGUCGUGGACCCGGUGUGCACGCUCAUGUUCUCGGUCAUCGUUCUGGUCACCACGCUGGCCAUCCUGCGCGAGGCGCUCAACGUGCUCAUGGAGGGCAUCCCGCACAGCGUCGACUACCACCAGGUCAAGCGGCUCCUGCUCUCCGUCGACGGCGUGGCGCGCGUGCACGACCUGCACAUCUGGGCGCUGAGCCUCGACAAGCUCGCCGUCUCCGCGCACGUCGUGCUCGUUCCUGGUGCGGAUGCCAUGUCUGUGCGGCGCAGUGCCUCCAGGACGAUUCGCCGCAACUUCGACGUCUUCAAGCUGACUCUGCAGAUGGAAGAGUUUGAAGAAGGCAUUCGCCAACACUGUCGCCGCUGCAGCGAGCCCAGCUGAGAUGCAUGGCACAUGGUUUUGAGCGUGGUGCUUGUUCUGUGCCGCCACCACAUGACACUCACUUGAGCUGUUAUAUGUUACUUGAAUUACUUCUGUUUACAAGUACAAAUGCGUUUUCAUGGACAA